AAAGGCGCGCGCUGCGGGGCCCUCUGCCCAAUAGCCGCACAUGGAGAGGAUUGACGUGCCCGCUGACCAAUGGCAACGCGGAGAGGCGAGCAGCGCUCCAAUGGCGAGGCUCAGGGGGCGGGCCCCGCGCCCGAGCGCUGGGCGGGAGGAGAUGGCGGUGCGGCGGCUGCUGCAGCAGCUGUUCCCGGACCCGCAGCCCAGCGGGGCCAUCGUGCUGGAGCGGCCGCCCGCCCCCGCCGCUGCUGCCUGGGUCUCGCCUUCGGCGCCCCCGCCGCCUCCGCCAUCUCCGCCUUCGCCGCCGUCUUCCCCGUUGCCGCCGGCCGCGUUGCCGGCGUCGCCGCCGCGGCGGCAGGGUCCGCUGCCGGAGGAGUGCGCCGUGUUCUGCUGCCGCCGCUGCUGGACGGUGCUGGGCGACUCGCUGCAGCUGUGCGGGCAGGAGCCGCCGGGGCUCAGCGUCCUCAUCUGCUUCAGUCAGUGCCUCGGGGCGGCGGCGGGGGCCGGGCUCGCUCCGGGCACUCUGGAUUGCAGCGCGUCUCUCUGUCUUUGUCCCCAGAAGUCACCAGCGAUGUGACCAGGGAGGACUCGCUGUUCUUCGGCCUCGAGGGAGCUCUCCUGGGAUGUGCUUAUUAUUUAUUAUCCUGUCGGUGGUGUGGCUUGGCCGUGGGCUUUAUUCUUUAUUCUUCUGGCAGUGACCUGGCCUAUCUCAGAGACUCCUUCUGUUUCUUCAAGGAGAACAUAAUCUGUUACCUCUUAAAAACCCACAGGAUUAUAGAAGCUUCUGAGGUGAAUUUUCCACCUGUAACCUCAAUGGAAUACAUGCAGAAAGUGAAAGAAAAGCUUGUGGCCUUCAAUAGUCGCUUAGAAUUAGUGAUAAAGAAGCUGGAGAAACAGGAACAAAAUAAUUAUGUAACAGAAUGGCAAAACUCUUCAGCAGAUCAUGACCUACUAUCAGCAUAUGCAAGAGUUAAUAACUAAUACCCAUCUUCAAGAACUGCUGGAGUUGUUUCUGCAUCUCUGCUGAGUUUGGUCAUUAUGAAGAAAUAAUACACCAGGCGAGGUUUGAGCGUUGAUCUGUGUGUAGAAAGAACUGAUGAUGAAGUACAUCCCUUCAGGGGAAACCUGAAAAUCUGGCAUACUGAAGUUAUGUUUGGAAGACUGAAUAGCUCAGCCAUGCAGCACAUCACUCUCUGAGGCUGCAUAACUGUGGGUUUGGUUUUUCUAAUGACUUCAGGGGAAAAACCAGCCUUGUAAAUAUCUAAGUCAGGUUUCUGGAGCUAUGCAAAACAUACAACAAGGUGAUGAUAUUCAAGAGCCACCAUUACAAACUGAACAUUCUGAGAGACCUAAAGCUCUUUUCCUACCUUUUAAUACAGACACAGUGUUAAUGGCAGCCUUGGUUUUAAUGGCAGCCAGUUUUUGGCCAAGUGGCUCAUUAGCUACAUCUGAUGUGUGAGCCACUGCUAAAUGGACUCCUGAAUAGUUUUAAUGUCUGUGUGUGUUGCCUGCAAAAGCAGCAGAUAAGCAUGUCACAGAUGCUGCAGUGUUCCUAGUGCAUGAGUCUGGAUGGCACCAUGGAGGCAGAACACAAGGUUUCGGAUUUCAGGUAAAGGGCAACCCACGUGUCUGCUGAAGGGCAGCCCCAGGGAUGGAGUCAAAUUCUGCCAGCUAAGGCUGUGAGCAACUACCUUGAACAGAUUUGAGCGUUUCUUUCUGGAACGUCAGCUAUGAAACCAAGGAAGGGUCUUCUGCACAAUCAUGGAAGCACUGCUUUCCUGCACUUAUGAUUUGCCUGUUGCCUUCAACUGGCCAGUUAAGAUGUUUCACAAAAAAUACCUCUCAUGGCUUAUUGGCACUUCUCUGUUGAAAAUUGCUUCUGCUUAUUUCCAAACGUUUAGAAAAUAAUUUUACAGAAAAGAAAGCACUACUUACCCUUUGUUACUGGGACAGAAUAUCCCUAAUUCUUGUUUUUGGAAUAUUAAGGGCCCUUUUCUUCUCCCUUUUGCUGCCUAAAGGGGCUAACGUUUUUCUCUAAAGGAAUAAAGAACUUUAUGGAAAGUUUAGUAGUUGUCUCUAGUACUCUAGAGAGGAUUCUAUUUACUUGAUCAGCUGAAUUCCAGCAAUUCAAAUUGCCUUCUCCUUCCAUAUACAUGACCAGCAGGUUGCAGACCUCAUUGUUGCUGCUGCUGCCAGUUCUGCGUUUUUUGUCAUUUCUAAAAUAACUUAUAAUGGGCUUGGAGCAGAGGGGACAAAACUCACUGUAAGGCACCUCAGAGGUUUUAGGUGGGCAGCUGGUACUUAGGCUGUACUAAUGCUCACUGUGCCACUUUCUGUUUGGGAGUUCUGUAUCGUCUUAGUUCCUUGUGGUAAGCAAAACCACAGAGUAUCAACAGUCAUUCUGCAAGGAGGGGAGGGACUCUCAAAUUCUGAUACCACCACUAAAGUACUUCCUUAGUGCUUGUGUUGUUGCAUGAGUCUAAGAAAUGUGAUUGAAAACGGGACUAUUUGAUUUUGCCCUUUCAUUCCAGUUUCUGCAUUGAGACUGAUUCUUGCUGUUUUAUAUAUAUACUAUGAACAAUGCUAAAUUGUUUUGCUUCAUUAGUGUUGAUCCCUAAAAGAAAAUGAAAGCUGUCAGUUACAUUUUUGUAUCAAAGUUGUGAAGAAGGAAUUUGUUAAAUAAAAGCUGAAAUUCAGAAAUUCAUAUUGUGUCAAUCAUUGCCACUGUUAUAUGUCUCCUAGGCCUACUUCUUUGCCUUUGAUUGAUUCUGCAGAAAGAAAAGCAUCACUUCAUCUUGCUUUGGUCCUCAUUUGUUAUGAAGCAUCAAAGUAAUGGUUUCUUAAAUUAUAUUACUUAGCAUGAAUUCAAACAGUGAGUAUGUGCUGAAAAAUAGCUGGUAAAUUUUUAAACUGCACUUCUGUAAUCUUUGAAACUGGGAAGACCUCUGCCAACCACAGAAGAAAUUUUUCGUAAGUGUAGUCAUCAAAACAAUAAACAAUACAUAUAUAAAACAGUUUUCUGAGGGGCAUUGUUAUUCUCAGGCAAUCAAUACAAGAAAGAGAGGGUUUCUGCUACCCUCUAGAACAGCCCAUGAAGCUCUUACCUUAACUGGUAAGUUAAGCAUCUUAGAAUGAGUGGAUUAACAAUUUUUGUUUAGCUGCUGUCUAAGUCAAAAGCUCUUGUGCCUGAAGUCUGCUUGGGGAGCUGAUCCCAAAGCAGAUAUCCAGCAUAUAUGAAUUCAGUUAAGUUUUCACAAAGCUACAGCAAGUACACCUCAGAAGUGGAGUGGAAUGUAUAGUAAUUUGGUUAAUUUGUCUUCUGAACAGAUGACACAUCCAGUUUUAGUGCAUUCUCAGCCUGUGCUGCUUUAUUGCUAAAAAAAUUUGUAUACAGG